GCGACCUGGAAGGAGGAAAUAAUGAGCAGGCUCGGCUCGUAGGUUGCAGUCAGUUUUAGGUCGAGGAGAAGGCAACCAUGGCGAUGACCGGUCAGACAUCCUGCUCCUCCAUGAGCAACCACACAAAGGAGCGGGUCACUCUGGCUAAAGUGACUCUGGAGAACUUCUACAGCAACCUGAUCUCCCAGCACGAGGAACGGGAGAUGCGACAACAGAAGUUGGAGAAGGUGAUGGAUCAAGAGGGACUAGCUGAUGAAGAGAAGCGCAUGCGACGCUCUCAGCAUGCAAGGAAAGAGACAGAGUUUCUCCGGCUCAAGCGGACGCGCCUCGGACUGGAAGACUUUGAGUCACUCAAGGUGAUUGGCCGUGGGGCUUUCGGAGAGGUGCGUCUGGUUCAGAAGAAGGACACAGGCCAUGUGUACGCCAUGAAGAUUUUACGCAAGGCUGACAUGCUUGAGAAAGAACAGGUUGGACACAUUCGGGCAGAAAGGGACAUUCUGGUGGAGGCAGACAGUCUGUGGGUUGUGAAGAUGUUCUACAGCUUUCAAGACAAGAUGAACCUCUACCUCAUAAUGGAGUUCCUACCUGGAGGUGAUAUGAUGACUCUGCUGAUGAAGAAAGACACUCUAACUGAAGAGGCUACUCAGUUUUAUAUAGCUGAGACUGUGCUAGCUAUCGACUCCAUCCAUCAGUUGGGUUUCAUCCACAGAGACAUUAAACCUGAUAACCUGCUGCUAGACUCAAAGGGGCAUGUGAAGCUGUCUGAUUUUGGCUUGUGUACUGGACUGAAGAAAGCUCACAGAACAGAAUUUUACAGAAACCUCAACCACAGCCUGCCCAGUGACUUCACGUUCCAGAACAUGAACUCAAAAAGAAAAGCGGAAACAUGGAAGAGAAACAGGAGACAGCUGGCCUUCUCCACUGUUGGAACCCCUGACUACAUUGCGCCAGAAGUGUUUAUGCAAAACGGAUACAAUAAGCUGUGUGAUUGGUGGAGUCUCGGUGUCAUCAUGUAUGAGAUGCUUAUAGGCUACCCUCCAUUCUGCUCAGAGACACCACAGGAGACCUACAGAAAGGUGAUGAAUUGGCGGGAGACCCUCACCUUCCCCCCAGAAGUUCCAAUCUCCGAGAAGGCCAAAGACCUAAUCCUCAGGUUCUGCUGUGAGAGUGAUGUCAGGAUUGGUGCAACUGGAGUUGAAGAGAUCAAGUCCAAUGCUUUUUUUGAGGGGGUGGACUAUGACCAUAUCAGGGAGAGACCUGCUGCCAUUCCCAUCGAGAUCAAAAGUAUAGACGACACAUCUAACUUCGACGAGUUUCCAGAAUCAGACAUCCUCCAGCCGACGAGUAAAUCGACUGUCGUGUCCAACCACAGCGAGGCAGAUCUGAAGAGCAAAGACUGGGUCUUCAUCAACUACACAUACAAGCGCUUCGAGGGGCUGACCGCCCGGGGGGCCAUUCCUUCCUAUAUGAAAUCAGGGAAGAGAUAAACACGUCACAUGCUGGAUUCUCAUGGAAGAAGUGUUUUAUUGUUUUCUGCGAGGAGUCUUCCUUUAAUUUUUUUCUUUUUUUUUCUCCUCCUUCUCUACUACUUCACAUUACUUUGGAUUGGUCCAUCUAUCGACACAAGCCUCCAUCCUGUUUUGACCCAUUUUGGGAUGAGUCAGUCAUGGUGGUGGAGUCCUUUUCCAGCACUUGUUCUCACUGUUGAAGUUCUUUUUUUAUUUUUUUAUUUCUUCCAGCUUCAUCAGUAGAAGCUGCUGAAACCCCUUGCUUUUCAUUUUUGGCUGUUUUUUGGCUUUUGUGAAAAUUGGGCCAAUCUUUUUUUUUUUUUUAUCCAGUAACUAUUUUGAAAGACUUGGAAAACUAGAGGGAGAGAUGAUCAGUAAACGUAUCUCUCAAACUUUGUUGGCUUUAUUUUUAGUUGGAGAAAUUUCCCAUUUUUAAACAGAUCAGUUUAAGAUCAGUCCUGCUUGGGUUCAGCCGUCUCCAUGCCCUCAUCUGCUGUAUAAAUCUUGCACCAUUGUUUUAAGUAAACAAAAGAAGGAGAAGAGAAAGGAGAAGAGGAAUUUCUCUUGGCAGUUUUUUUAAAAAGUCUUUGCAGAUGGAUGCAUUUGAUUUUUAUCUCAUUUUUGAAUAGAACCUAGACACUUGUCACCAUAGACUUCACCAUAUUGGCAACAGCAAAACUCGUGAGGCUCGUAUUUUUAUUUAUCCAAAUAACCAUCCCUGUUCACAAGUCUGGAAUAAUGUGUGUGAAACAUUUGCCUUACACUUGGAUACUACAUGAAUGUUCCAGUAACGCUUUUACACCAGCAAAAUGUUACAAUUAGUCUGUCUGUGCCCGGCUUGCAGACUGAACCAAAGGUUUCUUUCUACAUUUCCACAGAACACCAGCCAGUGGUAGUGAGUGACCAAGCAAAACCCAAUGACUGUAUAUAUAGGCAUGGACUCUGUAGUUUCAUUCCCUUUAUGUUCUAUAGAAGUUAAGCCAGCAUUGUCUGCCAUUUUUUCGAAUUUGCAACCAAAAUUGUGCACACUUUUGGUAGUUCUGCCCUCUUUUCAUAGACAAAACAUAGUCUUAGGCCGCCUUUAUUAAGUUUACAGCACAGCCACAAUAACCUGAAGCUAAGUGUGGCUAAGUGUGGUCCAGUGGACAGAUGCUGGUUCGAAUCCUGUUCAUGCAGCUUGCCAUCAGCUGCCAGAGCCCUGAGAGACAAUUGUACAAUUGGCCUUGCUCUCUCUGGAUGGGUAGAUGACACUCUCCUCCCUCAUCACUCCUAGGAUGAUGUUGAUCAGCACAAGGCUGCAUCUGUGAGCUGAUGUAUUAGAACCGAGUCGCUGCACUUUCCUCUGAGUGCGCUGGGAUGCUACUCGGGAAUGCUGCAUCAGCAACAGUUUGAACAGAGCUGGUGAUUGGCUUCACGUGUGUCGGAGGCUGCAAGUGCUGGUCUUCACCCUUCUUGUGUUGAGGCAUCACCUGUGAUGGAGGGAUUUACAGCUGAGUAGCAACUGAAUGGGUGUAAUAAUUGGCUAAUAAUUAAAAAAAAAUACUUUUACAGUUUAAAGGAGAAACAUUUGAUUGAAAAUAGUCUCUUUUGGCUUUAAAACAUAUGUAGCAGCAAAGAUGCUAUACCUGUGUUGGCUUCACUACUUUUAAGGGAUGCUGCGCUGUCCAUGCUCAUAUACAGUCAUUGGUGAACCUCCUGACCAGCUAAUUUUACUUUCAGUUAAUGAAGCUUUACCUGGUAAUUACCUGGUUAUACACAGACUCGCUGUUAUCUCUGUUCCUUAAAAGGGCUGGCUCUUCAUGUUUACCCCGUUCAACUGGGAACAAAUCCAUGUAGCUCUUAGCGGCUGCAGAUUUAUGAGCAUUGCGAUUCAUAGUAAAUGUAGUGUGCUGAGUUUUCUAAUUUGAUGGUUCUAUAACCGAAUAGUCUUGUCUUCCGUAUUGAUAGUGGGCUAAAAGGCAUGCUUUUGUAGCUAAGCAAUAUUUUACCAAAGAUCUGUGACUUGCAGCAACUGAAGAAUCUUGGAUAUGCAGCUCCGUUUGUGUUUGGAAUGUCUUCUUUCUGGUGUGUGUGAACAUACAAUAUUACAGCACUGAAUUAGCGUGUAGAGAUGGUUUGUCUUCACUUAUAAUAACUAAUUAAAAAUUGAUGAGUAGCAUAGCUUUUGCUUAGCAUUUAGCAAUGUCAAUAUUGUCAUCAUUCCAGUGUGGCUUUGGGUUGAUAAAAUGCUGUAUUGUAUGUAUUACAUGCAGGUGGCCACUUGAUUAAACUAUGCAUAGUGAUGCAUAGUGUUUGCAUGUGUGUGGUGUAGUGUAGUGUGGGAAUUUUGGAAAUUCAGAUGAAUUUGUAGAAAAAUCUUGGAGGACUUUUAUUUUUUAGGCCUGAAACAUACUUCACACGAGGAUGAGGGCGUGAACACUGAUGCUUUGAAGUGCAGACUGGAUUUUAUGCGUUUUUGCUUCUGCAUCAAAUCUUUAAUCUACCCUACACUGUACUAAAGCUGGGCGAUAGAGUAAAAAUAAUGUAUUCUGAUAUAUUAUUUUAAAUAACUUUUUCCCUCAAUUUACAAGAACAAUCACCCUACCCACUCAUUAAGACUCCCUAUAACAAUACUAAUGCCGCAAAACCAGGCUCUGUGGAAAGUGCAGCGACUCUGUUCUGAUAUAUCAGCUCACAGAUGCCUUGUGCUGAUCAACAUCACCCUUUUGGAGUGAUGUGGGGAGAGAGUGAUAUCUACUUACCUAGAGAGAGCAAGGCAAAUUGUGCUCUCUCUCAGGGCUCUGGCAGCUAAUCGCAAGCUACAUGAACGGGAUUCGAACCAGCAGUUUCCCCAUCAUGGUGGCAGUGCCUUAGUCUGCUGGACCACUCCAUUUAACCUGUCCAGAGCCCCUGUGUCCUAAUAUUUUAAAGACAUGUUAGGAUAAAGGAUAUUUGUCGGAUGUUUAAGAAUAUUUGUUUCAUUGUGCUGAAAAAAAAAAUGCUAAGAAAAUGUACAUUAAUUUAUUAAAUUAUCGGCAUAUUGUUCACCACUAUGUUGUAUCUUUCCCAUUCACCUCCCCAGAAAUGUAACCACACAUUGCAUCAAGGCAGAUCUCAGCAAUCUCAGCAACUGUGAUUGGUCCGCUGGGAAUCAUAUUCCUGUCUAUGCAGACUCCCCUACUUACAAAUAUGAAUGCUCACAACAGCAUGGUCUCAACAGCAUGUAGACUUGUGUUCACCUGGUGCAGGAAUAUAUAAAUACAUAAAUAAAGUAAAGGGAGAGAAGAACUAUAUUUUUUGAACCACCAGCAUAUAUUAAAUAAAGUAUGUUUCAGGCCUUAAACUUCACGUCUUCAGUCGUGCCCAUGCUGUUAGCUUUCAGUACUUAGCUUCAUCAUGAUAAUGCUGAAAGCAGUCCUUUGCACAAACACCAGAGCUGUUUUGAAGGUGUGUGUGCGUGCAUGUGUGUGUGUGUGUGUGUGUACCUGUGUGUGCCACAAUGACUUAAAUACAGACUCAACUUCCGAGUUCUGGGGUUCUUGGUUCUGAGAGUAA